CGUAAGCUGUACGUCACGCUUCCGUUGAUCAUUAGCAGCGUAACAUGGUAGCUAGUGUAUAAACAGUGCUUGUUUGGGUGUAGUGUAACAUUUACCUGACAUUAUUGUACUAAAUAUCGCAACUUCCGGUUCACGCGGACUUUAAAUCUUGUAACAUCGAGCAUCAUGGAAACGGAAAACCGAUCCAAAAAGAGAAACUAUUCAGAGAAGUCUGGAUCAGAAGGCUCAGAAGAUGAUGACUAUGUGCCGUAUGUUCCUGUUAAGAUCAGAAAACAGCAGAUGCUCCAGAAGGUGAAAAAUUUUCGUGGGAAAGGGCUCACAGUGGAGGAACAGAAAGAUAGUGGUGGAGAGCAAAAAGAUGAGGAUGAGGGUCUGGGUCCCCGAUCCAAUGUCAGUCUGCUGGACCAGCACCAACACCUCAAGGAGAAAGCUGAAGCUCGAAAGGAGUCUGCCAAGGAGAAACAGUUGAAAGAGGAAGAAAAGAUUCUGGAGAGCGUGGCUGAAGGCAGAGCUCUAAUGUCUGUGAAGGAAAUGGCCAAAGGUAUCACAUAUGAAGACCCAAUAAAAACAAGCUGGAAUGUGCCUCGUUACAUUCUUGGCAUGCCGGCAGCGCGGCACGAACGUGUACGGAAGAAGUACCAUAUUCUUGUUGAAGGUGAAGGCAUUCCACCACCCAUUAAGAGCUUCAGAGAGAUGAAGUUUCCUCAGGCCAUCCUGAAAGGACUGAAGAAAAAAGGAAUCGUUCGCCCGACACCCAUUCAGAUUCAGGGAAUACCAACCAUUAUCUGCCGCUAUCUGGCUCUGGACGAGGCUGAUAGGAUGAUUGACAUGGGUUUUGAGGAGGACAUCAGGACCAUCUUCUCUUACUUUAAGGGUCAGAGACAAACGCUGCUUUUCAGUGCCACUAUGCCCAAGAAGAUCCAGAACUUUGCCAAAAGUGCUUUAGUAAAACCCAUCACCAUUAAUGUGGGCAGAGCUGGAGCUGCAAGUUUGGACGUCAUCCAGGAAGUGGAAUAUGUCAAAGAGGAGGCCAAAAUGGUUUAUCUCCUGGAGUGUCUCCAGAAGACCCCACCGCCAGUAUUAAUAUUCGCUGAGAAGAAAGCAGAUGUAGAUGCCAUACACGAGUAUCUUCUGCUGAAAGGUGUUGAGGCGGUGGCUAUUCAUGGAGGAAAAGACCAGGAGGAGAGAACGAAAGCCAUUGAGGCGUUCAAAGAGGAAAAGAAAGAUGUUUUAGUGGCUACUGAUGUUGCUUCGAAGGGUUUGGAUUUUCCUGCCAUCCAGCAUGUUGUGAAUUAUGACAUGCCAGAGGAGAUUGAGAACUAUGUCCACAGAAUAGGCAGAACAGGUCGAUCUGGAAAGACUGGAGUUGCCACAACAUUUAUCAACAAAGGAUGUGAUGAGUCUGUACUAAUGGAUCUGAAAGCUUUGUUGGUUGAAGCCAAGCAGAAGGUUCCUCCUGUGCUGCAGGUUCUCCAAACGGGAGACGAGACGAUGCUGGAUAUUGGAGGAGAGAGAGGCUGUACGUUUUGUGGUGGUUUGGGCCACAGGAUCACAGACUGUCCCAAACUGGAGGCCAUGCAGACAAAACAGGUCACCAACAUUGGCCGCAAGGACUAUCUGGCCAACAGCUCCAUGGAUUUUUAAUGCUGCUUGCUACUUUGCCAUCAGAUUUUUCCUUGAGAGAGGCUCCUGUGUCGUGUCUUGCGUCAUUUUGUACAAAAUGUAUUAUUCUUGGAACUGUACAUUUGUUUAUUCAUUUCAGUUAAACUAUUUCUUGUUUGUUGCAAAAUGCAGUCAAAAAGCUUUGUGUAAGAAAAAAAUGUUAAAGUUAGGAUUUCCUAGAAUUUUCAGUAGGUUUUGCUUCAUAAUGACAUUGUCAUGUAUUAAUGUAACAGCUGAAUUGUUACAGUAUUUGUCUGAAACCCACUCAGGCAUGUUUUUGCCAGUUAAUCUUUUUGUUUUUUGCUACACAUCCAGUGUAAAUAAAUGGUCAGCUUAUGCGCCCUCUUUAUUUUAUGAUGCAAACUGCAAUAAAAUUCUUCUCUGACUUUGUAUCUCUGGUUACAUCUCUUUGCUAUUUCCUGUUUACAACCAAGCUUGGGUGAUUGUUAAUAAAGGAACACGUCAAGGUAAAGUUUUCAACGUU